UGUAACACAGACUCUUUGUUGAUGCGGAAGUGCUGUACAGUAAUAAACAAGAACCAAAUCAAAGCAAAAUCUGAUUUCCUCGAUUAUAAAUCACAUCAUGGCAGUGAGUGCGGUGCAUUUAGAGUCUGACGCCUUUCUAGUGUGUAUGAAUCAUGCUCUCAGUACGGAGAAAGAGGAAGUGAUGGGUCUGUGCAUUGGCGAGGUGGACACAAACCGCAUCGUGCACAUUCAUUCAGUCAUUAUUCUGCGCCGAUCGGACAAGAGGAAAGACCGGGUGGAGAUUUCCCCAGAGCAGCUGUCAGCUGCAUCCACUGAAGCCGAGAGGUUGGCAGAGAUGACGGGACGUCCCAUGAGAGUUGUGGGCUGGUACCACUCUCAUCCUCACAUCACUGUGUGGCCAUCACAUGUCGAUGUCAGGACUCAGGCGAUGUAUCAAAUGAUGGAUCAAGGUUUUGUAGGACUCAUCUUCUCAUGCUUUAUAGAAGAUAAAAACACAAAGACCGGUAGAGUUCUGUACACCUGUUUUCAGUCAGUACAAGCCCAGAAAGGCUCUGAGUAUGAGCGGAUUGAGAUACCAAUCCACGUGGUCCCACAUGAAGCCAUUGGGAAAGUCUGUUUGGAGUCUGCCGUGGAACUGCCCAGAAUCCUCUGUCAGGAAGAACAGGAUACAUACAGAAGAAUUCACAGUUUAACUCAUCUGGAUCCCAUCACAAAGAUACAUAAUGGAUCAGUGUUCACUAAAAACCUGUGCAGUCAGAUGUCGGCUAUAAGCGGCCCACUGCUACAGUGGCUGGAGGAUCGACUUGAACAAAAUAAACAAAGUAUCAUCGAACUCCAGAAAGAGAAAGAGCGACUGACACAAGAACUGGCUUCAUUAUGAGGAGAAUAAAAUAAUUGAAUUCUUUAAAAGCUCACUUUCUUAUUUCAGUUUCUAGUUUUUGCACUGAAAGCACUGGCCUUUCUGCCAUACUGCGCUCCUCUCAUCAGAAAUCACUGACAGAAUAGAGAUAGGAUGUCUGUAAUCAUUCCCAAUUUUUGUGACCUUUGUUUUGUGACAGCACAUUACUGAUCACUGUCUCAGUGCUUCCACACAGAGAUUUGAAUUAUGAAUGCUUUUGCCUCUACAGCCCACUUUGCUCUCAUGAACUGUUUGGUUUAAACGAAUCUAGCUUCAGUUUCCUUUCAGUUAUGUUACUUUUUUGCCACACACACACAUACAGUAUACACUAUAUGGCCAAAAGUAUGUGGACAGCCACUGGAAUAGCCAAACUCAUCAAUUAGAAGGAAUUGUUUUCAUACAUAUUGUGUACGGUAUAUAUAGUGCUUUUUUUUUUUUUUUUUUUGCCUAACGUCUGCUUGUAUUUUGUUUUGUUGAAGCCCAUAUCUGCAUUAUACUACACUCACUGGAAAUUCAUUAAAAUGACAAAGUUUGGUCAGAUGAGACAAUGUAGAUGUUAUUUUAAAAAGGUUUAUUUGUUGAUCUGUAUCUCCAGUUUGAUUUUGAUGGUCAACAGAUGAACGUGGACUAAGAAUGACAGAUCUUAAAUGCUGGUGUUGUUUUUACAUAAGCUGUAAAUCUCUGAAUAUACCAACAUUGUAGCCAAUUUGAAAUGACAAUGUAAAAUAAAAGAUGAUUUUCAAUGCA